AGCCAAAGUCAAAUCUUUUUGAGCUCCAGAAACUCCAUCCAUUCAUCCCUCACACGACCGCAACAAUCAACCACAAUGGCCGCACCCAUGCUCUCCCGCGCCCUGCGGCCUACAAUCGCCCCCUACGACCCCUCCGCCUUCAUCUGCCUCGCCUGCCGCCGCCAACAAUCCUCCUUCCGGCGCCAACGCAAAGCCCUGCGAGUCAAGCCCGAUGCCUCCUUCGCGCCCUCCAAAACCGAAACCCAAGACCACAUCAUCUUCAACCCGCCGUCCAGCGCGCCCAACAUCUACCACACGCCGGCGAAAUUCCUGCCCAAGACGGAUCCGCGGCGGACACUGCACUCGCUCGCGACGCUGCAAUCCUCUCCAUCCUCUUUAUUUGCAAGCACGACUUCAUCCAACCCCUCUACUCGCACCCCCAUACCACCAAACCCGCAGUUCUCCGGCCCGCAAAAUCUCAAACCAAUCCGCGCACCCUAUACGAAGAAAUACCACCUCACGCAGCCGGAAAUCGACGAAAUGCGCGCCCUGCGCGCCGCCGACCCGCGCACGUGGACCCGCACCAAACUCGCGGAGAAGUUCGAGUGCUCGCCCUUCUUUGUGAGUUUAUGCUGUGGCUCGCAAGAGGCGAAGGAGAGGCAUGAGCGGGAGCUGGAUGCGAUUAAGAGGAGGUGGGGCCGGACGAAGACGGAGGCGAGGGAGGAGAGGGUUGUGCGGAAGGCGCUGUGGGGAAGGGAUGCGUGAGGGUGGAGAGGGAGUAUGUCUUGAUGUGUUGAGGGGGCUGGGCCUUGUGCUGAGAGAGUGGGCUUUACAAGCUGGGUUUACUGUUGGUGCAAAGCAGGAACUGCGAACCCUGUUGCUGCACAAGCCAACAGUACUAUGUCCACGUUGCCAGAAGCGACACUAGAGACAUCACAUGCGCUCGCAGAUAAGGCUUGAAAGGGCCUCCAAGCAUUUUCCAGUCUUUUGUACC